AGGUAGGUGCGCAGGAGUCCCGCUAAGAUCGCCUACAGCUAUAUAAUUCACUAUAGCAGGGUUUCAGGAGAAUCAUAGUUGGAGAAGCCACGUGGGAUACUAAAUUUAGUACGGUUUAAUAUGGGAGUCGUGGAAAAUAUGUGAGACUCGACACCAAUGGACAAACUAAAUUAUAUUAGGAUUCAAGAAGAUAGAUUGAAUCAAAUGAAUUCAUCGUCAAUCCCACCACCGGGCAUCAACCGGAUCCGAAGAUCGGUAAACGUAGCGUGACAUUUUCGCCUGAGAGGGUAGUAAUGAGUAUAUUCCACGUGGAAGCCAUGUGCUCGGGGACCCGGCUGAAAGGAAGCUUUUUACGCAAUUUUCAGGGGGUGCGGAAUUAAUCUUCCGCUAGAGUCCUAAUCAAGGUGUCUGUAGCAAGGGGUUAUACAAGUGCCUAUACUGACGUCUGGUCGUUAUGGUCUGUGGCCACUUAAUUUAGCCGGUCGUAGUUGCUCUCCAACUCAAGGCAUAGAGAUUUUGUAUAAAAUCCACGUUAGGAAUGGCUAUCAAGUCAAAGAUAAGAUAUCAUAUCAUCAACAUCGAUACCUCUUAAGUCUUAGCCAUUCCAAAUACAAAGCUUUCAUAAUGCUCGGCAGCAAGCUUCUCCCUCUCGCUACGCUUUUAGGCGCAUCUGUGGCCCAGAAUGCCACUCUUCGAUAUAUGCCGUUUGGUGACUCCAUCACCGAGAUUAUCUGCUGGCGUUCAAAGCUUUGGCAGAAGCUGAAGUCCACCGAGUGGGGAUCCGUGGACUGGGUCGGCUCUGGGAAAGGAGAUUUUAACUGCGGAGACAACACGUACGACCGCGACAAUGAGGGUCACUCAGGGUUCUUGGCCAUCGACAUUGCCAACAAGAAACAGCUUGUCGGAUGGCUCCAGACCAACCCAGCAGACGUUAUCACGAUGCAUCUUGGCACCAACGAUAUCGUGCAGCAGAACAAGCCGGUCAACGAUAUCAUUACUGCUUUCACGACUCUAAUCAGCGUGAUGAGAAAUAGCAAUCCUCGGAUGAAGAUCGUGGUGGCUCAGAUUAUUCCCAUGGGCUUCGGCAACUACAACACCCAGAUUCAGAACUUGAACAAGGCCAUCAUUCCCUGGGCUCAGGGCCUCAAUACCACCGAGUCGCCUAUCUGGGUCGUGGACCAAUACACAGGCUUCAGCGGCAGCGAUUUGCGCGACGGUGUCCAUCCCAAUGACGCGGGUGACACCAAGAUCAUGAACGUUUGGUACCCAGCUGUUGUCCGUGCUUUCCAGGUAGCCCAGGCAGACAAGAACGCUGCUGCUCCAAAGGUUGAGAUACCAUUCACCGCAUAGAGAGCGCCAAUAGCUCGUCUUAGGAUGAUAUGGAGAUAUAAUUCUCUCGGUGACGUUCCUGGUGGUGCUCUCUGAAUUUAUUUAUAUUGUACAUACGGAUUAUUGACCAAUAUUAUAUGUGUGUCGAAACGAAGCUCCGAUUGAAUAGUUUAACUUAUGACUAUUAUAACUCUUUAGGAUACUACGUGCCUGAAAUAUCAUCUCGCCAGAGCAUAAUAGAUAAUAGACCAUAUUAUUAACGGAGGUAAUUAUUUUAAGACGAUAUUGAUGGAUGGAUGAAUUAAUGAAG